AUGGCUACACACCGCGACCCCACACUUGAUCUACCCCGGCUACUCUGUCUCCACGGCGGGGGAACAAACGCUCGAAUCUUCACCAUGCAAUGCCGCGCCCUCUCUUCGCAUUUGAAACCUUAUUUUCGUCUCAUAUUUCCCGAAGCACCUUUUGAGUCUGGUGCCGGGCCUGAUGUUACAAGUGUCUAUGGGGAUUGUGGACCUUUUAAACGCUGGCUCGGCUGGUUGCCAGAACAUGAAGUAAUAGAUACACGUGAUGAGGUGAUUGCUAUCGAAAAGAGUAUUGAGAAAGCGAUGAGAGAGGACGAUGCUAAAGGGGCUACCGGGGAAUGGGUAGGAUUGUUGGGAUUUAGUCAGGGGGCGAAGAUAGCUGGGAGCUUGUUGUUGAGGAGGCAAAUCAGAGAAGAAGGGGGAAGGGACUUGGAGGGUCAUAACUGGAGAUUUGCGGUUUUGAUGGCGGGAAGACCACCAUUGAUAAGUAUGGAGAGAGAUCAGGAUAGAUGGGGACCGGUGGAUGAGAAUGACGUUUUGACUUUGCCAACGAUCCAUGUUCAUGGCUCCAAAGACCCGGGAUUGGAAUUACACCAAGAAAUGCUCAGAAUUUGGUGCGAGAAAGGAAGUGCGCAAGUGGUUGAAUGGGAUGGCAAUCAUAGAAUUCCAAUCAAAAGCGGAGAUGUCGAAGCUGUGGUCAAUCCACUGCUCGCAUUAGCGGAACAGCUGGGUGUUUUGACAGUUGACUUGCCUGUUUGA